CCAGUUUGUUCUCAAGUCACUAAAUGUUUUUUGAUUUGUCUUAAAGAAACCGAAGAAGUUUUUAAAGUGAAAAAAUCAAGUUACAGCAAAAAGAUAGUAAAGCUACUGAAGAAAGAGUACAAAGAAGAUCUUGAAAAAUCAAAGGUUAAAACAGAAGUCAAUUCUCCAUCAGAUGUUGAACAGCCCAUAGAAAAAACAGGACAGGUGAAGGAUGCAAACCAAGAAGAUGGGACUGCAAACAGUGAACAAGGUGAAGAAGAGAUGGAAGUUGAAAGUGAAAAGGAAGAAGAAAAACCUAAAACUGGGGGAGCUUUUUCAAGUGCUCUGUCAUCUCUGAAUGUUCUCCGUCCAGGAGAAAUCCCAGAUGCUGCUUUUAUUCAUGCUGCUAGAAAAAAGCGUCAAAUGGCCCGGGAACUUGGAGACUUCACGCCUAUUGACAAUGAGCCGGGUAAAGGCCGCCUGGUUCGAGAAGAUGAAAAUGAUGCCAGUGAUGAUGAAGAUGAUGAUGAGAAGAGAAGAAUAGUAUUCUCAGUGAAGGAAAAAUCCCAAAGGCAAAAGAUUGCAGAGGAAAUAGGUAUUGAGGGAAGUGAUGACGAAGCUCUUGUAACUGGGGAACAGGAUGAAGAACUCAGUCGAUGGGAGCAGGAACAGAUACGUAAAGGAAUUAACAUACCUCAGGUUCAAGCAAGUCAGCCUACUGAAGUGAAUAAUCUGUACUACCAGAACUCUUACCAGACAAUGCCUUAUGGUUCAUCGUAUGGCAUUCCUUACACUUAUGCUGCCUAUGGAUCAUCAGAGACCAAGUCUCAAAAAACAGAUAAUACAGUUCCUUUCAAAACUCCAAGUAAUGAGAUGACUCCUGUUACUAUUGAUUUGGUAAAGAAACAGCUUAAAGACAGGUUGGAUUCAAUGCAAGAACUGCACAAAGCCAAUCAGCAGCAACAUGAGAAACAUCAACAAAACCAAGAGGACUCUACCAAGGCAAUUGAACGAUUAGAAGGGUCUUCUGGGGGUAUUGGUGAACAGUAUAAAUUUUUGCAAGAAAUGCGAGGGUAUGUCCAAGACUUGCUUGAGUGUUUCAGUGAAAAGGUGCCCCUGAUUAACGAACUCGAGUCAGCAAUACAUCAGCUGUACAAACAGCGAGCUUCCCGCCUUGUCCAAAGACGACAAGAUGAUAUUAAAGAUGAAUCUUCGGAGUUUUCAAGCCAUUCAAGUAAAGCACUGAUGGCACCAAAUCUUGAUUCUUUUGGACGAGACAGAGCACUCUAUCAAGAGCAUGUAAAACGGCGGACUGCAGAAAGGGAGGCUAGAAGAACCCGCCGUAGGCAAGCAAGAGAACAAACUGGGAAGAUGGCAGAUCACUUUGAAGGCCUUUCUAGUGAUGAUGAAGAAACUUCAACAGAUAUCACUAACUUCAACAUGGAACGAGAUCGUAUUUUGAAGGAGUCCAGCAAAGUUUUUGAAGAUGUACUAGAAAGUUUCUACUCAAUUGACUGCAUUAAAUCACAGUUUGAAGCCUGGCGUUCCAAAUAUUUCUCCUCUUAUAAGGAUGCUUACAUUGGCCUCUGUUUACCAAAGCUGUUUAAUCCUUUAAUAAGACUUCAGCUCCUUACCUGGACACCUUUGGAGGGCAAAUGUCAAGAUUUUGAGAGUAUGUUGUGGUUUGAAUCAUUGCUAUUUUAUGGCUGCGAAGAACAGGAACAAGAGAAGGAUGACGCUGAUAUUUCCCUAUUACCUACUAUUGUGGAAAGAGUUGUUCUCCCUAAAUUAACAGUACUUGCUGAAAGUAUAUGGGACCCUUUUUCUACAACACAGACAUCUCGGAUGGUAGCAAUUACACAGAAACUAGUAAAUGGAUAUCCUUCAGUGGUAAAUGCAGAAAACAAAAACACACAGACACUUUUGAAGGCACUGUUACUAAGAAUGAGACGAACACUAGAUGAUGAUGUAUUCAUGCCCUUGUAUCCCAGAAACAUCUUAGAAAACAAGAACUCUGGUCCUUAUUUGUUUUUUCAGCGCCAGUUUUGGUCCUCUGUUAAGUUACUAGGAAACUUUCUCCAGUGGUAUGGAAUCCUUUCAAACAAAACUCUACAGGAAUUAUCGAUAGAUGGUCUGCUAAAUAGAUAUAUCCUUAUGGCUUUUCAGAAUUCUGAAUAUGGUGAGGACAGCAUUAAGAAAGCUCAAAGUGUAAUUGCUUGCUUUCCUAAACAGUGGUUUGCUAAUCUAAAAGGGGAUAAGACUAUUUCCCAGCUAGAGAACUUCUGUAGAUACCUUAUUCAUCUGGCUGAUACAAUUUACAGAAACAGCAUUGGAUGCUCUGAUGUAGAAAAAAGAAAUGCAAGGGAGCACAUAAAACAGAUAGUAAAGCUUCUAGCAAGCAUUCGAGCAUUAGACCAUGCUGUGGCAGUUGCAAAUGACCAUAAUGUGAAAGAGUUAAAGGUUUUAAUUGAAGGGAAAUAAUUUUAGAUGACUCAUUUUGAGCUUUAAAAUCAUUCCUGAUGUGUAAUUUAUGUACAUAUGUAAAGUUUCUUAAACUGUAAAGUAUUGAUCCUUGUUUUAAUACAAAGUGCAUUCUUACAUACAUCAUCUUUAAUAAGUAUUGAUUUCUUUUAAAAGAGAAGAAAUCCAGGAAGACCAUUUUCCAGCGGUCAGACUUUCCUUAAAAUCUCUGUGUGUAUUGUUUACAAAAAGACUUUGUACCCCAUGAUAACUAGUCAUCUACUCAGUUAAUUAUCCUAUGGUUAACUGAAGUAUAUAUAAUGUGUAAUACACAAUAUGCUUAUAUUUAUACCACAUUUUUUACUUUCACACUGGAUAUAGUGGUCUUCUGCUUUUGAAAUAAGCUUUUCAGUUGCUGAAAUAUACUUCAAUAAACUGACUGCAUUAUUGGUGAAAAGGUCUGGUAAGAGUCAAAUAUGAAAAUCAUUUGACCUAAAUAAUAGAGGUGCUAUUUGAAGGCUUAACAUUACAAAGCAGCUGUACUUCACUCAAGACUGAAAUAGCUUAACUUUACAUCUUGUGUUCAGAAUUCACAUGGAUCUUUCUUCAAACUGUUUUCUUAAAACAAUAAUUAGCAUAGCUUUAAUGCAUACAGUAGUCUGGUGACUUAAACAUGUGAUAACUUAUGUUUUAAGUUAAGUGGCAACACUGUAGUG